AUGUCUGCAGAUAUAUCAGAGGUUCAGCUGCAAGUUCGUUUUAUAACCAAACAAGAGCAGUAUGCAGUUCCAGAUAGUCCGUAUGCUAUUCAAAGUAAUGUCCAGUCGUCGGAAUUGAACACUUUAAUCAACGCGUUGUUGAAAGAAAGCAGCGCGGCGGUAGAAAAAGCAGUUGAGUUUGAUUUCUUGGUGUGCGGAGAGUUACUAUGUACGUCACUAUCAGAGCAUUUACAAGAGAAGGCCGUUUCUACAGAGGAAACCAUAGAAAUUGAAUAUCUUGAGCGGUUUCCUGCACCUGCACCACAGGAUUGUUUGAUGCACGAUGAUUGGGUGUCGACAGUGCAAGCACAUCAGAAUUGGAUACUGUCUGGAAGCUAUGACAACAGUCUUCAUAUUUGGAGUACCAAAGGCCAACAUAAGCUUGCCAUCCCUGGACACACAUCGCCAGUUAAAGCUGUUUGUUGGGUAUCUUUCAAUGGGGAUCAAGCAGUAUUUGCUAGUGGUUCCCAUGAUCAGUCAGCUAUGUUGUGGAUUUGGAACGUGGCUCGAAACUCUGUGGAUUGUGUGGUGACAUGUCGUGGUCACGACAAAGGAGUAGAAUGUCUUGCAGUCUCAGCAGAUGCUACCCGUUUUGUAACUGGCAGUUGGGACAACAACAUAUGUCUAUGGAGUGCUAGUUUAUCAGAUGAAGACAACGUCCCAUCUAAGAAAAGAAGUAAACCAGAACAUGGGAACUCAAGAGAGCCUCUUUCUACAUUAAAAGGUCACAGAGAGGCAGUUUCAGGAGUACAAUGGAUGGAUUUCAAUACAGUACUCUCUAGUGGGUGGGACCACUUGUUGAAAAUAUGGGACUGUGAAUUAGGCGGUAUCAAGCAAGAUGUUGCUGGUAACAAGGCGUUCUUUGAUGCGAAUUGGUCACCAUUAAAUAAUAGCAUCAUAACGGCAUCUGCAGACAGACACAUUAGAUUGUACGACCCUAGAUCAACAGAAAGCAUCGUCAAGACAACAUUCACGUCUCACACAGGAUGGGUGCAGUCCGUGCGCUGGUCCACGACGCGAGACACUUUAUUCUUGUCUGCUGGUUACGACGGACAAGUCAAACUAUGGGAGACUAGAAGCCCCCGCACGCCACUCUACGACUUGAGCGGUCACGAAGACAAAGUACUGUGCUGCGAUUGGUCAAACCCUGCUCUCCUCGUCAGCGGUUCCAGUGAUAACACGCUAAGAAUUUUCAAAGCCAAACACUAUGGCACUGCGUGA